AUGAUGAUGCCCAUCCUCGGCCUUCCCCUUCCGCCGCCAUCUCACAUCCCCCUCCUCCUCCACCUGCUAAUCGAAACCUUCGCCUCGCUUUCCUUUCUGUUGCAUCCAGAGUCGCAACUUCCUCUCCUCUCCUCAUCUGGUUCAUCUUCUGCCACCACCACCAACACCACCACCACUACCACAACCCCCUCCGGUUCGAAGAGUACAACAACAACAACUCCCACAGCAAAAAUAACCCCAACCCCCAAAGAAGCCACCGAGGCCACCGAGGCCCGGCUCAUCCUGAGCAACUUUGGCGGGUUGCUACUCUCAGUCAACCUUGUUGUCUUCUAUCUCCUAUUCCUCUUCACGGGGCCAGGUAAAGAGGAGGUUAUUUGGGGGGUGACGGGUUGUUUGGGUGUUUAUCAUGCGUUUCCUUUGUGGAGGGCUUGGAGGAGGAUGAACCUUCCUUUGGAAGAAGAAGAAGGUAAGGAGAAGGUGGAUGAUAAGACACAAAAGACGCUUGGUGGACCCGUGGUGCACUUUUUUGUUCAUGCGUUUGUGGGAGGGUUGAUGGGUGCUGUUGGUUUUGGGCUUUUGUGA